CUUCCCCAGAGGCAACAAGCCCCCCAGCACUGCAACAACCGCAACAAUGGCGACAAAGCUCUAUCGUGGUAGAGCUCUGGCGGGCUUGCGCAACUGCCGCCCCAGCGAGAUCCGAUCCUUCUCAACCUCAAUCCCUCAAUUGGCCGGCUUCCCGACCGGCUUUCCCAAGGAUGCCGAAAACAUGAGGAAGUCUCCUCGCGAGCACAUUGGCACCAUCAAGGCUCCCCUCAUCAACCCUGCCGACAAGUACGGCUCCAAGGCCGAUAACCUGCACAAAUACGGCUCCUGGAUCAUGGGCUGCUUGCCCAAGUACGUCCAGCAGAUCUCUGUCUGGAAGGACGAGCUCACCAUUUACGUCUCUCCCUCGGGAAUCAUCCCCGUCUUCUCCUUCCUCAAGUACAACACUUCGGCCGAGUACACUCAGAUUAGCGACAUCACUGCCGUCGACUACCCGACCAGAGACCAGCGAUUCGAGGUCAUCUACAACCUUCUCAGUGUCCGCCACAACUCGCGCAUCCGCGUCAAGACCUAUGCCGACGAGGCUUCCCCCGUUCCCAGUGUCACUUCCCUCUUUGAUGGAGCCAACUGGUACGAGCGUGAGGUCUACGACCUGUUCGGCGUCUUCUUCGCCGACCAUCCCGAUCUGCGCAGAAUCAUGACCGACUACGGUUUCGAGGGCCACCCCCUGCGAAAGGACUUCCCCCUCACUGGCUACACCGAGGUCAGAUACGACGAGGAGAAGAAGCGCAUCGUCACCGAGCCUCUUGAGCUUACCCAGGCUUUCCGCAACUUCGAGGGUGGCUCAAGUGCCUGGGAGGGAGUUGGACCUGGCACGGACAGACGCCCCGACACCUUCAAGCUGCCUACGCCGAAGCCAGAGGAGAAGAAGGAGGAGCCGAAGAAAUAGAUCAGAAGAUUCUGAUGUGUAUAUAACUGACUCUAGAAUCUUCUUUGUUGUACAACCAUUCUGUGUUCCACUAUUUGCUUGAACCUUGCGUGGCUGC